CCUAUCUGUUCAGUGUUCCCUACUCGCACGGAAGCCAUGGCCUCCCGCGACGCCGCCACCUUCCAGCUCUACCGACCGAUGGCAAUGCCAACGCCGGCGGCGCUGCCACCGUCGCAGCAGAUUACAAUGCCGUUCACGGCGGCGCCCGUGGAGGCGCUCGUGCUGCCAGCUCCUGGAAAGGCGGCGGCGGCGAAGGGCCGCAAGGCCAAGGACCGGCACAGCAAGGUGAACGGGCGCGGCCGGCGCGUGCGCAUGCCGAUCGUGUGCGCCGCGCGCGUGUUCCAGCUCACCCGCGAGCUAGGGCUCAAGUCCGACGGCCAGACCAUCGAGUGGCUGCUCCGCCAGGCCGAGCCGUCCAUCCUCGCGGCCACCGGAUCCGGCACCACCCCGGCCGUCUUCUCCUGCUCCUCCGCCCCCUCCACUGCCUCCGCCGCCUCCGCCGCCUCCAUCCUCGGCAAGCGGACGCGCCAGGACCACGAGGCGCCGUCGUUCUGGGAGGCGCUGCAGCCGCGUGCCGUGUCGUGGGGCGCCCUCUCGCCGUCGCAGGAGGCGCAGGCGUACGCGUCGUCGGUGGCGCAGGCCCACCACCUCAACCUGCUCUCCGCCCUCUCCAGCGCCGCCACGAGGCGGCCAGCAGAGGAGGAGUCCCGGUGAUCGCCGCCGCGUGCAGCUCAAUUUGCGACGUGAUUGCAUGCGUGGUGGCGCGCGCCCGCGGUUAAUUACUACUUGGAGCGAGUAGGUGUCUUGCUUGUUUUGUGUGUGGCUUGUCGUACCUUUCCCAUUUCACAGGUGCUUCCCUGGGUGAAUUUUGUGUGAAAUUGCCUGAUUUUACGCUGGAGAAUACUAGCUCAUAGCUGGUGAAGAAUCAAUAAUGUCAUCAGAUCAUCAGAGACAGCAAUUGUAGAUAAAAAGGUCUUUUGGAUUACUGGGCUCGUGAAUUGUGAAUUUUCUGUUCUUUCUAGCAGUGUGUGUGUCUGUGCCAUUGCCAUGGGUUCUGUCAUCUGUGACACGACCUUUAGUAUUUACCUUUUUAAUUAGCAUUGUCAUGUCACUGUUGCUACGGCAACUGGUCUAACACGGUGCUGGUAUGUUUGUUAUUCCCGUGAGGCUUGCCUGAUGUUAAGCUCAGUGUGCGUAAUUGUGAUUGCAUUGCUAGUCAUGGAGA